AUGAUUUGGUAUCUGCCAGUUUUUUUUGACUAUAAUUUAUCCUUUUCAGGCAACCUUUGCUACCGGAAAAAUCUUUCUGGAGGUAAAGCAACUAGUGGUAAUAAUGAAACAAAUCAGGAUGUGUUACGAUUAAUUACUACUUACAUACUGGAUGGAUAUGAGAUACGUAAAGUGGCAGCGUUCAAUGAUCGAAUUUAUCUUUCGCGAUAUAGGCGUAAUUAUUGGCUGGGAACAAAAUAUUACUAUAUGGAUAAUUUCAAUUAUUUACCGACACGUGACACCUGUUUGUAUCGUAUGGAUUCAAAUGAACGAGAAAAUUUGGAAUACGUAGAUGGAUCUCCUAUAUAUGAUAUUGUUUAUCAAUGUCAACGAUAUGUUCAGUAUUGUUGCGGAUUAACUUGUUGUUUGGAUGUAUUCAAUAAAAAUUUACAUGCAUUAUCUCUUUAUCGUGAAGUUUUCGAUCCACGGAAUACAGCGUUAACUUUUCAACUUCAGAAAACUAUGAUGACAUUCCUCUUCCUACAUGCACCACUUUUAUGGAUGACGAAAGGAGCUGGUUAG